AUGGUGUUCUCUCACGGUCACAUCAACAUUUUUGUGCCGGGAAGGCUUUCCCUUUCCUCCUUCAUCACUAAAUCCCUAAAUCACUCCACAAAAUGGAACGACUCCCUCUUCAUCUCACAUCCGCCGCCGUCACUUCCAGCACUGCAGUCCGCCGCCGUCGCCGGCGGAGGCUUCUCCCCCUCUCUCUCUCCUCUCUUCUCUCCUUCUCGGCCUACUCCACACCGCCGCCGUCUCCACAGCGAGAACGGCGAUGCAUCGCCACCACCGCACGCAGCCACAACUACCGCCGUCAUCUCCAGAUCUCCCUCUCGUUCAGGUCAGCCGCCGUCACGGAGGCUGCUGUCGCGUCGCGCAGCCCCAUCCACCGUCGCCUUCCCCUCCGAAUGCAUUGCUGCCGCCGCUGUGCAUGCACAAGCGGCGGCCCCGGCAUCUCCUCCACGCCGUUACUACACCGCCGGCCAGCCUCCCCACACUCUGCUAUUACUGACACCCUUCUCCGACAACACCACAACCACCCUCUACUUUCCAAAUCAGUGGAUGAAAGUUGUGAUUUUGGUGGUUGAUUCGGGGAUAUGGAACUAUUUAUAUUGACGGCGGAGUGCCGAAGCUCUCUGCCGAAGGUCAGGCAGGUUCAUCUCCUAAGAUAAGUGCAUUUACUGUCUUAUGUCAGCUCUUCUAUUUCAUUAGCAUAGAGAAGUAUUGUUCUUAGCAUGCUACUUGUGGAUCUUGGUGAUAGCUCAUGUGAUAUUGAUGUUGCCUAGUGCAUCUACAGAAGUUCUAAUCUUGAGUAUGAAUGUAUGUAUGUGCAUGAGAGGGGGUGAAAAGGACUUUGGGCUUACCUUGGUCGGUGAAAGGUGCGUUGAGUUGUACGGCUUGACUAGGCUUGAAUAUCUGAGCACUCUCUCUCUUUUAUUCCUUGUACCUCCUGAGAUUUGUUGCUAUGUGGAAAGUUGUAUAUUUGAUAGUGAUGGGUGGUUUGAAAAUGAAGUUGGGGUUUAUAUACUUGCUAAAUUUGAGCAAGUAGCAGGCCUCUUAAAUGA